AGAGACUGAGCAACUGAGCGUGGUGUCUCCCCUUCUACUACCUUUUCUCUUCUGCUUUUAUCAUCUUGGCCUGCUGAGACUGGGUGACCAACAAAAACUCGUGACAGCCUCUUGUUAAGGAUCGCGAGGCUGAAAGUUCUGAUAUUCUUUGAGAGAAGCUCUAUAACGACAUAAUGCUCGCCAUCUUACCCUUCACCGUACUGCUGGGCAGCUUUGCCGUCAGAGUUGCUGCUGACACCAGUUUUGUUACCCCUGGAGGAUCUGGUUCGUCGGGAUGGAAGAAUAACCCAACAUACGAUGUUGAUGAUAGCAUGAACGUGGAAUGGAAUACGGACCUUGAAGAGACCAACCUAUUGCUCUGGCAGGACUAUCCUCCCGCUGGCGGCGGUACUCAGUUUUUCGUCCAGCUGAAAGAAAACACAACAUCGACGAGUUUUAUCUGGACAGUCAACUUUGGCGGUUUCUCUACAGAAGUUGGUGACAACCGAGACGCUGUUUUCCACUACUCCCUCUUCAAAUCCGGCACAAACGACAUCGUCGCCAAUUCAGCUGCGUUCAACGUUACUGUCCCCAAAGACGAGACGACAUCUGCCUCUCUUGCUUCAACAACCGCCCUCCCAAGUCCUUCAUCGACCGGUGCCCUCUCUGAGACGACAACAACCGACGCUGCGACCGAGACAACAACAGACACUUCCUCCGACAAAGAUGAUGGAGGCCUCUCCACUGGUGCCGUAGCCGGCGUGGCGGUCGGCGCGACCAUUGGAGGCAUUGCCCUGCUCGCCGGUGCUGGCUUUCUUCUCUGGCGACAUUUCCGAAAGGGCAAAGGUGCUACAGCUGGAGGAUACGCGCCGCCCAGUGAGAUGCCUGUUGGUGCGCAGAACCAGCCUGUGCAGGAGUACUACAAGCCUCCCACGCAGCAGGCUCCGGCUGAGAUGGCUGGUCAGCCUUGGGUUCACCCGCCGCAGAACGGAUACCAGGGACCUGGUGGCCUUCACGAGGCGCCUUAGUUGAUAAUGAGAUGGAUGUAGAGGGGGAUUAUGUAUAACCUGAGGGUAAAAAGGUUUCAAGAUGUUGUAUAGCAAAGCAUGGAGUUGAUUGGAUCAGCCGGUGAUAUGUUU